CAAAAUUUAAACACCAAAAAAAGAGAUACAAUAUCUUUAAAGUUAACUUUUGUUAACAUGUAAGACGGAAAAAAGAAAUUUUUUAUUUUUUAACUUAAGAACCAUUGUGCGAAUAUUUUUACCCACACAUCGAUAAAAAUCCCACACAUACACUCGAAUAUACAGUGUGUAAAUUCAUCACACUACAACCUUUAACUUCUUUGUUUCGCGAGAUUCAAUUCUUAAGAGUUCUUGAGAAGAACAACGAGCGCAUUAAAGUCGCAGUUUGGUUUCUGCGGUUUUUCAUAUUUUUUUUUUUUUGUUCAAGAAAUUCUGCGUCACAUCGCAUCUCUGUUUUCUGGUGCUUUGCUGUGCGUGAGUUUAUAUAAAAUCCCAGUGAGGUUCGAAGAGCAUGGGCAGUUCUGAGUCGUCACUCCCCAUGGACGAAGGAGAGCCUAAUACCAGUGAAAACAGUCAACAGGAAUUGAGCCAGGAUUCUAGUGAAGAUCCUUGGUGGUGGGAAAUAGAAAAUCAAAAUUUACUCCUUAAUGUAGUUAGUAAUGAAGUAGAUAGUAGUGGUGCUAGUACAAGUUCCGUUAUCCAUGACAAUAGUCAAAUUGUAUCCAAACCUAGUGAACAAAGAAAAAUGUCUCAAAGAAGGAGUAAAUCUCCUCCUCCUUCAACAAUGGAAGAAUCCUCCAGUGACUUUCCAAGUGAAAGUGGUAGUGCUGCAAGUGAAAAUUUAGUGGUAAUGAAAAAAAGUGACGAAAUCGAACAGGAAAUCGAUGCGAAUGUUCGAAAAGAACAAUCGUUGGAAGAAUUCAAAGAAGAAUUACAAACAAAACGAAUGGCUAGACAGACAGCGGUUAAUGAUCUCCGAGAGGAGCUUCAAUCGUUGCGCAGACAAUUGGCUGAAGAGAGGCGUUCCCGAAGUGCAGAAGGAACUACUACCGAAGAAGUUCAACCAACUGUCACCACUUCGGAAGAGGUUAAGAAGAAAGAAAUGGAAGAAAGUGAUCGUGCAUAUGCUCAAUAUGCUCAGAAAAUAUCAGACGAUGAAGUUGUUUCGGAAAGUACAAAUCCUAAGGUGCAACUUGCCGAAGCACAAUUAGCUCUUCAAAUGGCAAAUGCAGAGAAUUUGUCAUUGCAAACGGAGUUGGGAGUGACUAGGAAGCAGGUAGUUUCGUUGAAGGAAGUUGUGACGUGUUGCAAGCAAAUGAUUGCAAUGAAAGAGGAACAAGUUAUUCAGCUAAAAGACAAACUUAGUGAAAUUGAAGAUUCAUUAGCUGAACGUGAACUUAAAAUAAUGUCAGACAAUUUACGCCAAGAAUACGAUAGACAGCUAGCCAAUAUGAGGACAUUACGUCAAUUAUACGAAGAAAGGGCACGAGUUGCAGCUGCUGAGAGAGAAAAUCUUGAACGCCAGAUAGCAAUAAAGAAGGAUGAACUUGAUGUUGAGAAAGGAAAAACUAAACAUGCCGAAGAACGUUGUGCUGGACUUGAAACGGAACUAGAAAAUGCUGCCGAAGAAUUACGGGCCUCAAGAGAACAAUGCAAUGAGCAUAGAUUUGAAAACAAAACCCUCAAGGAAGAAAUGGGCGCAGUUAAUAAGCUCUUUAGCCAAAUGCUAAUGGGUUUUAAUGGAACAAAUAAUCUAGAUAUCGAUCGACUCACAACAAUGCUAGAGGAGAAUCGAACCCUACUCAACGAUAUGGCCACAAAGGAGGCGAAUUUCGAUGGUGCCACCCUGCCAAAGCUACUGUUUGAACUUGUGCAGCAAGCGUCUGUGGCCAACAACGUAAAACCCUCUGAAAUCCAAUCAUCCUCCUCUUUCAAUGCUUCUCAUGAUGCUGCUGCUGCUGCUGCUUCAGCUUCUGCUACAGGCCAAACCAACCAUAAUGAUGAAGAAAAAGAAGACCACGAGGAGAACUCUCGUCGUGAUAUAACAAAAUAUUGUAGUGGCCUUACCGCCACAGCAUCAGCAUCAGAAGCAGCUUCCGUUCAAGCACCACAUCCCUCAUCAGCAUCCGCUGUUCCAUCGUUAUCCUUAGCGCCAACUACUGUCUGCGGGAUGCCAACUACUGAAGCCAACAUUUCCUCUAAAGGAAAUGUUGAACAAACGGCCAGAGGCGGUCAUGAAGCCACAAACAACACCACCGCGACCACCAACAACGAUGAAUCCUUACAUGAGAACGUGCAACAGCGAUUCCAACAAAAACAACAACAACAACAACAACAGGAGCAUCACCAGAAGCAACAAGAAGAAGGAGGAGGAAAUCUCGACCACAAUCAGCCGAGAGUUAUAGCAAAAGUUGCAUCCGCAGAAGAAAUCAUCGGCAACCUACCAAAAGUUUGGAAAGUGUUGAUGGAGCUCCUAAGUCAUCAUAAAAUCGAGAGAGUUCAAUUCAAAGAGAACGGCCAAAGCGAGGACUGCUUUAAAUCGGUGCAAACCCCUAAUGGACCAAAGGCUGAAUUGAGUGUUAGCAAAACUUAUAUAAAGCUUAAGGACCUCAUCCUUGAGAAGAAAUCUCUGGUUAAGGAAACAAAUCGACUAAGAACUCUCAACUGUCAUUUAGAUUUCCGCUUAAACGAACAAGAAAAAAGAUUGAGUGCUGUCAGUUUGGAACUACAAAAGACUUGGCAUUUAGUUGGGAAAAUGCAACGUCAACAUCGUCAACUCCAUACUCAAGAACAAAUUCUUCGCUAUCAAUUGCAACAAAAGAGACGUCUUCUUAGUGAAUUAAAAGACGAAUUAGAAUAUUGUCGACGAAAAUGGGCUGCAGCACGUGCAAAGAACGAUGAAAGUCAAUUACAAUGUGAUGAUUUGAGAAGAGAAUUUGCUAAGAGAAAACUAGAAGAUGCUCAUAAUUCAGCAGAGAGUGGUUAUAGUGAUGGCCCUGGGUCAGAUGAAGAUGAUAAUGUUGUGAAGAAGGAAGGUUCCCUUGUUAAAAACUGGGCUGAUGUAUUUGAAAUUAAGAAAACUAUUCAACGUAUGCAAAGUACUUCCCCGGAAAGGUCAGAAUUCUAUAGCAAUGAAGAGUUAAGAUGGAAUAGUGCACCACCAGCUGUAACCUGGCCUAAAGAUGAUAGUUUGCUUUUAUUUGAUGAUGAACCAUCAUCAUCAUCGACUUCAUCAUCUGCCUCAGGUAGUAAUGGAGCUAUACCCAAGAAAGGCCCUAGAACAUCACGAAGCAAAAAACGUGGACUCUUAACUGAAGAGAACGAAGAUAUCGACGAGACUCCAGACGGUGAAGAGAGCGACAGAACUACUCGAAUUCAUCGACUUGAAGAACAAUGCAAAUCUCUUAUAGCUGCUGUCAUUGAAACCUCUGAUAAUCGUGAACGACUAGAAGUUCAACUUUGUUGUUUCCAAGAUGAAAUUGCUCCAACACAAUAUCCAAUAACAAUGGAUGAAUUUAUGGACAAUCAGGCAAAAGAGCGCAUGAAGAGAGCAAGUUCUGCUCCCGAAAUCGCAAAUAACAAGAGUGGGCAUGCUCGUUUGACAGCCCGCGAAGAAGAAUACACAAGAAAGAGAUCAGAAAGAUUAGAACGUUUAGAAGAAGAAAGUCGUCAAUUAAUGACUAGAAUUAAGAGAACUUCAGAUAAGGGAAAUUCUCUUCGUUCGUCUAUUGAGAGGAUUCAUUCAAGGAGAGCUUUAAGUCGAGAGGGAAGCUUUGAAAGUAACACGGAAGAAGUUGCUCUUCCAGAAGAAGUUUUGUCUGCAGAAGGUGAAGAAGCUGCUUCAUUACUUCUAACAGAAGAAGAUCAAGUUUCAACAGAAACCGAUGAACCUUGCACUAGUCAAAGAAAUGAUUCCAAAUUACUUACUGAAACCGAACAAGAUUACACAGCUAGACGUGCUGAACGUUUAAAAAGACUGGAAGAAGAAAGUAAGCUUCUUCUAUCAAAACUAUCCAAAAACUCUGAACGUGGUACUACUUUUAAUACAAAACUUGAUGCUCUUCAUGAAAAAUAUGGCAGUGAAGAGCGUGAGACAACUGCUGCUGACAAAAUUGAAACCCGCCUUGAGAAUGUUGCUAAAAUGUCAACCAACAGGGAGGAACGAUUAAGAAUUCUCGAAGAAGAAGGUCAACAAUUGUUGGCCAAACUUUCAAAAGCUUCAGAUCGUGGAUCACAGAUGAUCGAUAGAAUCAGUGAGCGGGAAAAGAAUAAGAACAUUAGAGCUUCUCUGGAACAUGACAAGGUUGAAAACCCUGAAGACUUAGCUGGGCCCUCGAUACCACCUACUCUUAAAAAUGUAGCUUGUACCAGCAUUGUUUCGGAAGAAAUUACCGAAAGAGUUGUGAUAACACAAACUCCAAGUCAGAUAGCUGAGUCUCAAGGUGCAGUUCCGAAAGUUUCAAGCUCCCAAAAGGAUAUUGACCAAACACCAAAAUCUCAGCCAACUUCAAAACUGUGUGCUUCAACAGGAAGAAAGCGAGUUGCAGUAACAAAAACUGAUACAGCUUCCGAGAGCCUUGAGGAAAUGGUUAGGCGUUUGAAGAAUUUACCCUUCCCCAGUGAAAGUGAGGCUAAGGAUUCAUCCAAUGAGACAAAAAACUAAAAAAAAAAAAAUACUCUUCUAUUUUAAUUAAACUUCUUUCAGGAAUGACUCUGUUAUAUUUUAUAAAAAAAAAAAAAAACAAACAAACAAAGAAAAACAUUUAAUCGAACUUUAUUUUCUUCAUAGGAUUAAGGAAUGCUACUUCAUUUUGUUUCAAUAAAGUGUGUUCAUUUAGAAAAGUUAGUUUUUUUUUCUUAUUCAAUUUUUUUGUUUACCUGGCUGCCCAAGUUUACGUGUUUUUUACUCCUUUUCGCAAUAGUCAUUACAAAGCGGCUCCUUUUUUUUCUAAAAUUGAUUCGCAUCCCUUUGUAGUAUAUUGUUUGUAGUGUUGUUUUCUUUCAAUCUUUUUACGUGUUUUUUUAUUUUUUAUUUUGGAUUUUAGUUGCUUCGGUAAUUUAAUGUUCUUUGAAGAGUAGUAAGAAGCAAUGGAUUGGAGAAAAAGGUAUAGAUGAGUCUGCUGGCUGCUGGAGUUGGUUUUCCUGAGAAAAUGAGAGGAUUUU